GUGCAAAUACAUCAACCAGAAGACUGCCAGCAGCAGCAUCAAAUUUCGAGAGAGAGAGAGAGAGAGAGAGAGAGAGAGAGAGAGAGAGACGGCGGAGCAGCGUUUAUUUGAAAGAAGAAGAAAGAAGAGUCGCUGCUGCCAGACUUCCUCUAAACCACAAACACGGUGACUUACUUUCCCCUGAAGAAGAAGAAGAAGAAGUUGGAGAAGCGGCCAUGGACGGAACCUUUCUCGCGUGCACCUUGCUGCUCUGUGCAUUUCAAGUUUGCAGCGGCGACGUGAAGGUGAAAGCGGAUCCAAAAGUGGAGGUGUUGAAAGGAGAGACCGCCAAACUGUCGUGCACGUACACCGUCUCACAAGAGUCAAGCAACACCAUCGUGGAGUGGUACAUCGAGGAGAACGGGGCCAGGAAGCGCGUGGCGUUCCUCAGCGGCGGCAAAGGAAAAAGCGACGAAGGGACCCCUCUGACUGGGAGGGUCUCCCUCGGAGACGACUUCUCCCUGACCAUCUCCUCCGUCCAGCCCUCCGACGAGCUGGUCUUCAUAUGCCAGGUCACCGCCGGGCCCGCCGGGGUCGGAGACGCCACCACCAUGCUCAAAGUCUUCUUCGCCCCCGAGAAGCCGCAACUCACCAAGCCGUCGAGUCAGGCCAUCUCCGCGGGACAGACCACCAGCUCCGAGAUCGGCACCUGUGAGACGAUGAACGGACACCCGCCCCCCAGGAUCAUCUGGUUCAAAGACGACCAGCCGCUCCCCGAGGUCAAGGACCGGAAGGAGAAGACCUACAUGGUUUCCUCAGUGGUGAAGGAGGCCUCUGGUCUCUACACGGUCAGGAACACCCUCUACAUGCAGCCCAAGAAGGCCGACAAGGACUCGGUGUUCCAGUGCAUCGUGGAGUACAGCAUGCCGGGGGAGCAGAUCAGGCAGAAGAAGUCCGACACCAUCACCAUCAACCUCAACUAUCCCUCCGAGAAAGCGAGCUUCUCCCUCGUCUACAAGGGUCCCGUCAAAGAGGGCGACGACGUCACCAUGAAGUGUGAGACGGACGGAAACCCGCAGCCCGAGAUCGACUUCACCAAAGACGGAAAAGCCAUCAGCGGUCAGGGCGGCCUGCUGGUCCUCAAGUCGGUGAAGCGCACGGAGGCCGGUGUGUACGAGUGCACGGCCACCGACUUCGACAACCUGGACGCCGACCUCAGCGGGACCAUCAACCUGACCGUCAACUACAUCGACCCGGUGAGCGUGACCCCUGCGGAGCCUCAGGUGGUGAAGCUGGGGGACAAGGUGGAGUGGCACUGCAAGACCAAGGCCUCCACCGGCCACACGGUGCAGUGGAAAAAGGGCCCCGAGGUGCUCUCCCAGGACGGCGUACUGUCAAUACAAGAGGCCUCCUACGGUAACGCCGGAGAGUACGUGUGUGUCGGAGCCGUGCCGUCGGUGCCGGGCCUGAUGGCCCAGGCCCGUGUGAGCCUCGCUGUCAGAGGAAAGCCGAUAAUCGAGCCUCCUGCUGUCGGAGAGGUGGAGCAGGAAGGGGACACGGUGACUCUGAAGUGCUCCACCUACGCCGCCCCCCCCCCUCAGUUCACCUGGAAGCCGUCGGGGAGAGAGUCGGUGUCGGUGGACGGAAACAAGGUGGUGAGCACCGUGACCCUGAAGGCCACCGCCCAGGUCAUGAAGGACGGCGUCACCUGCGAGGCCUCCAACGAGCACGGAGCCGACAGCAAGACCUUCGCCGUGUCUCUCAAGAGAGCGAUUGACAACUCGGCCGACAGAGUGCUGCUCUCUGGAAACCCGGCGCUUACGUCAGCGGGCGAGCAGCAGGGGGGCUCCAGCGGCGUGGUGGUCGCCGUGGUGAUUUGUGUCCUGCUGCUCCUGCUGCUGGUGGCGCUCAUCUACUUCCUGAGCAAGAAGAGCAAGCUGCCCUGCAGCAAGAAGGACAGCAAGGAAGUGUGA